CAUUAUUUUUGAACCGGAGGAUGUUCGGUCUGUUUAACGCAACUGAGCAGCACCGCCAUCUAAAACAAUUCCUCAAUUCAAAUCAAACCCUUCCCGCGCCCUUUGGCCACCCGCGCGGGUUUCCGGGUUUCCCCCCCACAUUUCCUAGCAACGCUGCUUGGAUACAAGCUGGAGGAAGUGCAGUCACUGUGGCGGACUGACAACAACAUCAACAUGGAACCUCCUGAGAGGGUGGCAGCAUCUCCACUGUUGCCGGCAGAUGUAGAUCUGAGCCAGUCUGUUGGACAAACAUCCAUAAGCCAACCGGGAGCUCAAAGUUAUAGCUAUGCCAGUCAGGACCAGAGGGAGCCCAGACUGGAAACAGAUGGCCGGGAGCUUCAACAGCUGUGGGGGCAAUCAUUGCCGCCAGAAUUUCAGGACAGUAACCUUUCUCCAGCACUUCCCUUGUUGCCUGCACACUCUGGAGUGGAACAUGUGUCCUCUGAAUAUUCUUUACUCCAACAAAGUGCCAAUGAGUUUGCACCUUUAAGGGCGUGCCCCGACAUUUCUAUGGCAUCAGAGAAGUUUCACUUUCCACCACAGGAUCGGACUACUCAGGGCUUUGAGCUUGACUCACUGUCCCAGCACCCUUUGGCCCAGGAAACAAUCCUGUCUGGAGAAGAAGAAAACAGCAGUGGCUCCCCGUCCCAGCACAGUUUGUCACCAGGCGAUGAAGGCAGGCAAAUGGAAACUGUUCGCUCCCCACUGAUUGCCACCACUGAUGGACAGGGAGUACAAUCCAAAGAUACAGGCAGCAGGGGGAACAAAUCAGAGACUGUAACUGACCCUCCAGACAAGACAGUAGUAGAGAACAGUGAAGAUGAAACAUUCUUUUUGAGUAAGGAAAUUCCUGCCCAGCAUCUUCUGGAGCUCCUUCAGAAAGAUAUUGGCAUGCCAAGCGGUAGUAGUAGUGCUCUUUCCUCUGCCUCUGAGACCUCCAUGAAGAUUGCCUCAUCUUUUUCCAAAGAGUCUAAAAGCAGUCAAGAUUCCAAACCAGGCACUUACCAAAGCACAGUUAGAAGAGAAGGUCCUCCAGGUGAAGCUUCUCAUCCCCAGCAGCAAACACAACAACCUAAUAGAGAUUUAUACCCUGACCGGUCACCAACAUUGUCAUCUGAAGUCUGUAACAUCAACAUUGGGCACCGCAGCACUCAACCGGAUGACAGUAGUGAGGUGUUACACAGAGAGCUGCUGUCUGAGGUAGAGAGGCUCUCCAGUUGUGAAGCUGAAUCUAAUAACCAACGGCUGAAAAGCCCAGCACUGCCUGGUCAUUCUCUCACACCACAUUACACAGAGACAUCUGAAGGCAAACAAGGAGCCCCCAGAACAAAUCUGGGUGGCAUGCCCUGGGUGGAGCCGUUUUCUGCAGGUGUCGAACGAGGUCUUGGAGAGCAAGACCUCUGGUCCUCAGGAAACCAAACAGGGAUUGAUGGAUCCUACCUGGGUUUCAUUCCACAGUCUCAGUCUACUCCGGGUGUUUUUAAGGCCCCUCCCAAAUCAAGUGUCAAGGCUAAAUUACAGCAACUUUCUGCCAUAGAAUCCAGUAAAGGGAACUCGUAUCAAUCAGACACAGGGAUUCCCUCACAGCCAGCUGUUCCCGUGGCUGAUGUCCAUUGCCCAGAUGCAGAACAGUGCCAAGAGGAAGCUGUCGCUACAAGAGUCCAGUCUCUCCCAAGUCUCAGCUAUAUGCAGAAAGUAGAUGCUUGGAGGGCAAACCAGACCUCAGGCAAGACGUCACUGUUUGAUAGCUUGGCCCUGCAAGGAUUUUCUGGCAUCUCUCCUAAAAAGAAAGCUUAUGAUGCAGUAUCUGACACUCUGAAUCGCAUCUUGAGUCAGCAGGCGAGGAGUUUACAACAACCUCCUGCUUUAGGUGCUCCCAAUCAGAAUGUUAUACAGAGUUCCUCCACAGCUCCCCAUGGCUCUUCUUUUUCAGGAAGAGGGGAGGCAGUUGGCAGUGCUCCCAAUGACAAGGAUAACACUGGGUCUACAACCAGAACCUCUGCUUCACCCUUUGGCAGGUCACAGUCCCACUCCUCUCUUAGCACAGUGGUCAUGUCAGUCAAGAAAGAUCAACAGACACAGAGACAUGCAGAAAAAGAGAAGAGUCAGACUCAGGAUGAUGUCCAUCAUCAGCCAAGUGCCACAGCUCAGCCCUCACCUCUCGUGAGCCUUGGCCAGUUCAGUGACGUCUCACCUGAUCGAGAUUUGACAUUCUUAAGUUCCCAAGAUAGUCACAACAGUGGAAUUAAAUUGGGAACUUCCAUUGGAGCAUCUUCUGUUGCCAGCCUGGAGGUCGAUAACUAUGCUCCGUACUGGACUUCAAAACCAUCAACGCCACCACCUCAGCUCAAGCCUGAAGAGCUCAACAUUGAAGAACGUAUUCCGUUGUAUCUCCAUAACCUGGGUAUUGACCAGUCUCUCUCAACAAUCUUAACACCAUUUGCACCCAGAGGACCAAUCAGAGAACCUGAAUUCUCUCCCACUGAUAUCUCCACAAUCAAAGGAUCUAUUGGAACCCCGACCAAAAGCUGUCAGCCCUCUGAAGGUGGCAGUCCCGAUAAAGGAGAGGUUUCUAGGUCCAGCGUUCUGUCAGUGGACUCCAGUGUAUCUAUACCAUUUAGCCUGGACAGCCUUGGUCCAGCUGUAUCUAUUCCAGAGAACGCCAGAUGGGCCUCUUCUUCAUCAGAUACAGAAGCUGGACAGAGUGAACAAAAACUGGCACCCUCCUCUCAGCAUGAUGAAGACUCUUAUCCUUCCACACUGCAGACCACCCUGCAACUGCAGAGGGACAGCAGCUUAACCAGCAGCCAGAACACCAUCCAGCCAGGAGACAGGUUUGACUCUGACCUCUCUUCACCUUCAGAGGCUAAGUCUGGAGAAAAAGACUUGGUGUCACACUUGCGGACGAGCCGUAGUAUGGAGGAAAGUGCAGAAACUUCUUUUGUUAGCUCCAAGGCCUUAAUGGAGAUCCGUAAACUGCUUUCUCAGGCGGAGAACGUGGUGUCUGCUGGGUCUUCUGUGGCUUCCUCGACCUCCCCCGCGGCUCCCCGUCUGCUUUCUGAUGAGGACGUAUACCUCUCACUGAAGAAGACAACCAACAGAGUCCAGGACUCCUCAUUCUCCUCCCUCUCUGCUACAGGAGAUUUUAGAGCUCGAUCCUCUCUGCUGUCGACCAGGUCCUCUUCCGACUCAAUGCUGACCUCGCAGAAGCAAAGAAAAAGCUCUAUUGGUCGAGAGAGUGUGACUUCAUCAGUGCAACCUACUUAUCCUUCUACACAGCCUCUCAUCAUUGCAUCGUCCGCAAAUACAUGCAAAAGGCUACAAGAUAGCACUGUUAUUAGAAGCGCAGGGCCGUCCUUUGUCCUCUCUCAGUCAGCUCGUCGGGCUGAGCCUGAGGGCUGCAGUGCUGCCCCUCCUGACAACACAGUCCCACCACAGCCACCAGUCAUCAACCCUUCAUCAGUUUUGAGCACACAACCGCUCACCUCGACUCCUACAGACACAGUGAGUGUGUCAGAGGAGGAAAAACAGACUGCUCUGGAAGCUGUUCUACAGAGUAGCUCCUCCUCACCCGUCCUCGAGGACAAUGAUCAGGGAGUGAUGAGCGACGGGAGCAGCGAGAGCUCCCUGGCAGUCAGAGUGGCCAUGCUACUGCAGAGUGAAUCACCAGCCACCAUGGUGUCCAGUACACCCAGCAUCACUGACCAAGAGGAGAGCAAAGCCAGAGAGUGGAUUAAGCUGAAGAUAUCAGGACAGCAAUGUGAGCCUCUGGAGUUGGACAAAGAAGAUAGAAGGCGGAUUGAAGAAAUUAAGAGAGAGCUGCUGUUAAAAAACCCUAUAAAGAGUCAGGGGAGCACAGACACAGAGAGCAGUGCAGCGUCCAGUGUUAGAGACCUGAGGGGGCAGGAUCCGGCUCAGCAAGCGGAGGCAUUCGCUGCCCUCGGUGAAGCUGACAAGCAGCCAUCUCUGGUGCUGCAGGGCCCCAACGUGCAGCUUCAAAACCCUCCUCAUGCAGAUCUAGAGGCUCAGAUACGUGAGAUCGCUGCCAGAGAAGGGGUAGCCCUCCCUAGGGCAAACCCUCAGACCCUUACAUCUAUCACCAUUGCUACCCGGAGGCGCUCCACCUCCCCCUCUCCCUCCACGUCGCCUGCGCCUCCUCUGAGUCCAGCACCAGAGCUGCUGCACCUGACUGAGCUUUCCACAGGGGCAGUUGAACACCUUAAAGCUAAGAGGCAACUUUCCCCUGCCACUGAUGAAGAACGUCAGACAACCACAGAACUAGCAUAUGUGUCUGAGCCAAGCCUGACUUCUCAGUCAGCAACAGGAAAUCAAAGGAGGCAAGACGCUAUAGGAUGCCAGUUUGAAGAAGCUCCUCCACCCUCUCGGACUUUAGGUAUGGAGGAUCUGAACACUAACAACAGCACAAAGUUCUUCAGGCGAGAGGAUUUAUUAGCCAUCCAGGACGGUCCUGUUUCUGGUGUCGGUCAUGGAGCUGGACAGGCCACGGGUUCAGCCACACCUGAAUCUCCAACUACAACAGGUCACGUCUCACAUGUCCAUCUCACCCUGUCCCCAAAAGCCACCGAUCACAGCUUGGCCACUGCUGUCCACGCCAGUCAUACUGAUGCUGGUAAAGAAUUUGUCCCCCUCAGACACUCAUCUUCUGCUGCUAGCAGUCCAGAUGAAGGUGUUGGGCUGUCCAGUCCACCAGAGUGGUAUGACAACAGAGAACCAAUACGACAGCAGAGGCCUGAAAGAGACAACACCUCCACCCUGUUCAAAACCAGUGUGCCUCAAGGAAGGAUGACCUCCACGUCCUUACAGUCCUUUACACCACGUCACAGAGUUGUGGUGUCACCAAGUACAUUAACCAGUCAGUCACCAGCAGUGCCUGUUCUGUUACCUUAUAAACCCAGAGGCAGUGAGGAGCUUUUUUAUAUCCCCCAGACAGAAGCUGACUUCUCCUCUACUGACCCGUCUGACACCACCAUGGAGAGCACCCACACAGGUUCAGACGACGCUGUGCCACCACGCUUCAGCAGCGAGGUCCUCGGACACAGAGACCCCGGGUUGGACCGCGGAGUCACCAUCAGACACACAGAGGGAAUCUACAGCAAGAGGCUGAAAACAGCCACCUUCAAGAUGCACGAGGCGGGAGACAGAGGUGCCCCUGCAUCACCAGAAAGACGAUCCCAAUCAUGUGUGUCUCAGACUCCAAAGAUGACUUCCCAGGUGUCAGUUGCCUUCACCAGAGUGCCUUCAUCGAGCAACCAAGAAGCCUCCAAGAGAGACCAGGGGACGAGUCCAGUGCAUUUCCUCAGUUAUGAUCGACCAGAGUCGAGCCGAGAGAGAUUUCGGACAGUUCACAUGGCUGAAAUGUCUUGUCCUCAAGUAGGACGGGAGCGCGACCAGGAGAGGCCGGACUCUGACCUCCCUCCCCCUACUGCUCAGCAGAGCGGCUCUCUGGACCAGCUGUGGCAGAAGUUCUGUAGUCGGUGGACCCUGGAGGAGUCUCAACCGACCAGUGACAGAGAGGCUUCGCUGCUGGAGCGACUAGAGCGCCUGUCCCGUCUUAUUCAUAACACAAGGGGCACUAACACGCCAGAGGCAUAUCGUGAUCCAGAAGAGAAGCUAGGAAGGAGGGGAGAGGAAUCUACAGCGAAAGAAAGAAAGAAGCACAGUGGGGAGGUGAAGAGGAGCACAGGCGGUGAGGCCCGAGAAAUGGAGUGGAGAGUCAGAGGAGGUAGAAAGGCUGAAGGUGAACCUCCCGCCCCUCGUCAGGCCUGGAUGCAGAGGCUUCAGGCACAGGAAACUUCUAAACCUGCAGAUGAGGACUCCUUCACUUCCAGCUUCUCUCACGACUCCUCACAGAGUCAUCCCCUCUGUCCUGCUGACAGAGACGAGUCAGAGACCUUGUCCUCCGUGUCCGGGUCCUUGUCCACCGUUGACACGGCUCGGCUGAUACGAGCCUUUGGCGCCCACAGAGUCCAGCACCUGAAAAAGAGCUCCAGCCUCAGCAAAUUGUACAGCACCAUCGAGAAGCAGAAAGAAGGGAGGGAGCAGAGGAAGGGAAGACACAAAGAGCCGCCCGGCAUCGUGACACUGUCAGAGACCACCGGCACUGAUGGAUCCUCAGUUGCUGCUGAUUCUGCCUCAUCCACCAGCACCUACACCCUCCCAUCUCACCACAGCCCCUCCAGGAAGGCUGUUAGACUGGUCAACAAAGGCAUCCAGGCAGGCGACCUGGAGCUUGUCUGUAAUGGGACUCGACGCCACACCAGAGAUGUUGGAACCACAUUUCCUUCACCUGGUGAAGCCAGAACUUCCAGGCAGGACUCAUCUUCCUCAUCCAGCUUAGAGAGAGGAAGAGGAGGGUGGAGGAGCCCCGCUAAGACUCAGGGGUUACCAAAACAGAGAAAGAUCAAGCAAACCCGGUCAAAGAUCUAUCCUGAAGGUGUGUCCUGGUUCAUCUCUGCUGACGAGCUGAGGUCGGAGGCGAGGAAGGAGAACCGGCCAGAUGAAGAGGAGACGGCGUGGAGGCCGAGCACUGCUUGGUUUGAACCGUACAGCAGAACCAAACCGUGGAGAGAGCCGCUCAGACAGAGACAAGUCCAUGAAGACAGAAACAAACAGCCCAGUUUUACACAUCACUCUGAACCCGAAUUAGAACCAAGAGCCAAAACCAUGUCCUCUGCUCUGGCACAUAUGUCUCUCCAGGAAGCUCUGCAGACACGUCGUCCGGCGUUCAUCUCUCAGUCCAGGCAGAGGGUGAAGCGCCUGGCCAUGCAGGCGCAGGAGAGGAAGCUACAGGAAGUCUUCAGCAGAGAGAGAGAGGAACUGUUCAGCCGGCCCGGAGGACCGGGGAGGCUGCCAAAGCCUGCAGGCACUGCUGUGCUCAGGAGGGCUGUUCCCAGGAAGGAGAUGAUACUGAGGUCCAAACAGAUUUAUGAGACUCUGCCGGAGGUGCAGAGGAGGAGGGAGGAGGAAAGAAGAAAAGCGGAGUAUCGAUCUUACCGCCUCAACGCCCAACUCUACAACAAGAGAAUCACCAGUCGUGUCCUGGGCAGGCGGACGGCCUGGCAGUGAACAGACUGAGCAGCCAAACUUUUACUGCAGAUGAAAUCACUGAUGUGAGAAUAUUUUUUACAAUUUUAUCAAUGUUGAGAACAAAACUACCUAAUUUAACUAAAAUGAACAGUUUUUAUUUAUUUGUAACCAAUUUAUCUUAGUUUAAUAUGAAGUAUUAUGUAGAAAUGUUUUAUUGGGGCUGCAACUAAAUAUUGUUUUAAUAAUUGAUUAAUUUUCAGUUUCAAUAAUUUCAAUUUCAAUUUUCGAUUAUUUUCACAAUUAAUCGUUUUAGUCUAUAAAAUGUCAAAAAAAAAUCUAAAAGAUUGCUCAUCAAAACCAAAAAACUCUUUAUUUACUGUCAUUAAUGACAAAGAAGAGCAGCACAUUUAAGAAGCUGAAAGCAGCAAAUGUUUGAUGCUUUUGCUUGUCAAAUUAUUGAAAAGAUUAAUCAAUUAUCAAGAUAGUUGGCAAGCAAUUUAGUGUUUGACUAAUCGUUGCAGCCCUAUUUUUUUAAAUUAUUUUUUUACUUUUUCCCACUCGCAGACCAGUGAAAUGUUUUAAUUGGUUUAAACUUGAAAAUGUCAAAUAAAGCAGAUUUCUGCAGAUUCUUUAACAGUUUUU